GGAAUAUACAUCUUGCCGUUCACUGACUCCAAUUGAUCCUCACUUACAGCUUGCAUGCAGCGUUGGCAGCGUCAAAAUCACCUACUGUGUAGGGUUCGCUACCCAGCGGGCUGCCAUUCCUAUCAGAUCCGGGACAGCCUUCAGUUAUGGGUCAGCUAGCAUUUGCACAAGAAGUGCAGUCUCAUGACACGGAUUGGUUCGAAUUUACCUUCUUCCCGUUCCAACGGUUGUCCAGCAGCAGAUCAAUGGCAUGUUUGCCAUGUCCACCACUUCGAUAGUGUGAGGUGCCAUUGCAGCGACUUGGAUCGUGGCAUAUCCAGCAACCUGGGAUAGUGACCAGAUUCCCGACGCAAGUGAUGCCUCGCCAACUGACAUUUCAAGGCCCGUCUCACCAACCGCGAUCGUGCCAGGUUGCAGCCGACUCGAUCUCUCUCAAGACGCUGGGGAGGCCACGGGCAGCAUCGGCCAAGUUGGCUUGUUGCACAAUCGUGCUGUCAUCGCCUUUGUCCUGCUCACGGCUGCUGGGAAAGGUCGAAGCACAUUUAACCAGAAACUGUUUGGAGAAUCUCCAAAAUGAUCAAUCGUUGGGUGUCAACGUACGAGAUAUGGGGACUUUAUUCGGCGUGUCUGAGACAAGGUGUCAGCAGAGUCUUAUGGCAUACACCCCGUCUUCCCUCACCCACCAUUCCUUCCGUCACCGCAAAGUGGAGUCUCAAAAAUUCAUCGCCCAAAAGACAAUUUUAUCGAAUAUACCACUUGGGCACAGUAUGAGGAUCUUUUCAAUGGUAAGCAGUUUUGUGUCAGUCCAGCUGAGCCGUGGGCGGCACCGUAUCUGAAACAAUCGAUGGUCGAGACGAGACGAGCCCAAGAAACCCAGACUUUGGUCCAUCUCCCCAGCUGAACCGCCAAUACCAUCAAACAGUGGCGAGCGACUCGGGGUCGGAGAUCGGUACCUGGAACGGACACACCAGUGUUUCUAAAACGAAGUUUCAAAAGUGAGUGGGCAGAACAGGAUAGGACUUUAGAGAGGCAGCAUGCAGUGCCAGCGCAUCAUCCGUGGGCCGUGGGGCAUUGCAGGGGGGCUGCAUCCAAGUGGCUCGGUCGGUGAGCCUGCACAGCGACACAUGGCGGAAGGAUCUUCGGGUUCAAGAUCGGUUAGCAUCUUAGCAGCUCGUUUGCGGUCCAGUCAUCGUUAUCCCAAGGCUUGACGUGGCCAAUUCUGCGAGGUCGAUGGGAGGACAAACGAAAAAAGGUCAUGUCCUGCAGCAUGGAGGCAGCACCACUUAGAGUGCAUCGAAAAGUCCCCUGCGAGUAGUGAUGGGUCGUCGGACCUUUUUCUGCUGGCAAAUGGACUAGGGUACUUUAUCCCUCAGAUGUAGACUCCGUCCAAAGUAUCGGUGUACUACUGUCGCGGCGACCAUGCGCGUCUAUGAACCCGUGGCACAUUGGCCGCCUUUUCAGCCACUUCACUAGGUAAGGGUGGCAGAGGCUGAGGUGAAUGGGUACGGAGUACAGAUGAAGCUGUGCCAGUUCCCAUCUCUUGUUCUCGCCACACCUCUCGCUCACGGCUGUUGCGCUGUCGCCACAUCGUUGGAAACCCGGGGGAGAAGCGUGGACCACGGCGUCUCCUUCUUGCGCGACCGCUGGUUUGGCGAGAUGUUCUCUAGUACCAUCGGCCCGGAGCGCAUCUUUGAGCUUUAGAAGAAGCAUAUUGAGGGGCAGCGAGUGGCUCGAGAGGGCGUUGAGCUUAUGUCAAGCAGCCUGGUUAGUCUGGAC